AUGGCAGGCCAGAAAAUUGGAUAUGCCGAAGUUGCGGACUGGAUGGCACGGGAUGUCGAUGACGAGAGUCUUAUUUACCGUCGCUUCGAUGAACUCGGAGCACGAACUCUCCUUUAUCUCCAGUCCGAGCUCAUUAGCUCAGUGCACCAGCUCGCGGACUUUGACUGGGAAGAUGUGAUAGAUGGGGACAUGGAUUGGGUCGAUGCCAUCAGCGAUUGGGAGAUAUUGAAUGAACUUGCUGCACCAAACCAUCAGGAGCAAGAACGGGUGACAGAAAUUGUCUACAGAACCAAAGCUAAGACUCGGAUCGCAUUGAUCGAGAAGAUACGUCAGAAGCUGGAGACAUACCGACUGUACUUUGCCAAGAACGACACCGCAAAGCUUGGCCUCAUCGCCUUUUUCACAGCUCUUUUCGCCCUGAGCGUCGGGCUGACGAUGAACGCGCGGAGGUCGGAGAUAUUCGCAGGAACCGCAGCAUACGCCGCAGUGUUAGUAGUUUUCGUGAGUGGCGACCUCUCGAGUUCGCAAGAGUCAUGA